AUGGCUAGGUCUGCCCUAUUAAUUGCUGUGUUUUAUAUGGUCUACGCAAUGAUCCCCAUUUUAAUGGGGCAGUCCGCAGGCGUAAACUUCAACUUUCCUCAAUUCAGGAGUUGCAAUACAAGCGACAUUCUCUGUGUAAAUGAUGCCACAAUAUCUAGACAUGAAGUCCAUCUGACAAACAUUACAAAUCCUCACUACAAAUUGACCAACAAAACCUCAGGCAGAGUUGUUUACAGCCAGACCAUUAGCCUGUCCUCUCUUGACAGCUUCACUACAGAUUUUCAGUUUGUAUUGAAAUAUUAUAACCAUAGCCCUAAUGUUUAUCCAUACGGUGGAAUCUCUUUCUUCAUGACAUCGAAAGAAAUGGCGACAAGUGCUCACUCAGUGAAUUCUUUCAGCGGUCUUCCCGGUAACGGAUCUCUCUCAGUCGGCGUUGUCGCAGUUGAAUUUUAUAGUAACAAUAAGGUUUACACCGAUGUUGGUGGCUAUCGUCCUAAUCCGACUUUAAAUUACACGAACUUGAAUGCACCAUUAAACGAUAGGACGCUGUGGCAUGCACGCAUAGAUUAUAACUGGGUAGUUGUGAUCUGGAGGUUGUUCGCCAUCGUCAUGAGAUUGCAAAGCAGCAGCGAACAAACAUGUGAAGACAAUGAGAUAGAGAUUGACAGGCUUGUAGACCAAGGUCCAAGUAGAUAUAAGCUGGAGGAUCUCAAGGCCGGAACCGACAAUUUCAGUGAAACUUUAAAGCUGGGGCAAGGAGGAUUUGGAGGUGUGUACAAAGGCGUUAUAGGAGAAGCAAAUGAAGUUGUUGCUAUCAAGCGCGUCUCACAAGGGUCAAGACAGGGGUUAAAAGAAUUCAUCUCUGAAAUAAGUAUUGUUAGUCGAGUAAGGCAUCGAAACCUUGUUCAGCUUUUUGGAUGGUGUCAUGAGAAAGGCGAAUUGAUUUUGGUGUACGAGUAUAUGUCUAAUGGAAGCCUAGACAAACACCUUUUCAUCAAAGGAGAUUCUCCUCCACUGCAUUGGAGUCGUAGGUAUCAAAUAGCAUUGGAAAUAGCUUGUGGGCUGUUGUAUCUUCAUGAAGAAUGGGAUCACUGUAUUGUACACAGGGAUGUAAAAUCCAGCAAUGUUAUGCUCGAUAACAAUUUCAAUGCAAAGCUUGGGGACUUUGGUUUGGCACGCAUAUUGGAGCACAAUUGUUUGUCUCAGACCACAAUGGCGGCUGGAACCCUGGGCUAUAUGGCUCCUGAGUCUGUUACCACGGGAAGAACAAGUCCUGAAUCAAAUGUUUAUAGUUUUGGUGCCGUGGCCUUGGAAUUUGCUACAGGAAGGAGAGCUGUAGAUAAGAGCUUGCAAGAGCAUAACAUGAGGGUUGUAGAGUGGGUAUGGGAUCUUUAUGGUCAAGGCAAAGUUUUGGAAGCUGCUGAUGAGAAAUUGAAUGAAGAGUAUGAGAGGUUGGAAAUGGAACAAUUGAUAGGGAUAGGGUUGUGGUGCUCUCAUCCAGAUCCAGUUGCAAGACCCAAAAUGAGGCAAGUGGUAAAGUCGUUGAAGCUGGAAGAUCGAGUGCCUAAUCUUCCUCCAGAAAUACCUGUGCCAACAUAUACCACAUUUCAUGGAGCCAACCUUUCAGUUCCUUCUUCAUUUAGAACGGAGCCUACCCAUGCACUCCCGUCUUUUGCUUCCAUAUCUCAAUCAGUUAAUUCAUCUCAAGUCUCCUCCUGUUCAUAUUCAAGCACAGCUCCCAUCGCUGUGCAUUUUCAAAAGGAAGCAUAG